CUUUAUUAUGACCAAUUGAAAUCAUUUGUUGCAGAAAAUGAAUAUAUGACAGAUCACUUAAUUUGUAAGGUACAGCUGAAUUACGGAUUUUUCAUUUGUUUAACAAACAAUAUGUUCAUAUCUUCAGGAAGUACAACUUACUGCCUCCAAUGAUGACAUGCACUUUGUGUUUUGUGACUAUACAUAUCAGAUUCUUUUGCCUUUUACAAGAGAUCAGACCAUAUUAUUACAUUUUAAAACAAUGCUUGGAUCACCACCAAGAGUAAUUAAUGAAAAUUCUAAAGAAGCAUAUAUUUAUCCUCCUUCUGGAGUCAUACCAUUUCAUGGUUUUUCCAUGUAUAGUAAGUGUUUCUGA